AUAAAAAAAGAGAAUUCACCAAGAUACCGAGAAUAAGGCAAUGAACCUCUCCCCAAAAAUUGCUUCUAACCCACAUUUGACAGACUUUCAGCUUGGGAUUUCUCAAACACAAUUUCUCUACUACACUGGAGCCGUUAUCGAUAAGCCACUUCCAUAGCAACAAAGAGCUCUUCAUGGUUGUUGUUGAGCUGCACACACGUGACAGAGUUUCCUCCCCAAAGAGCUUGAAGCUUCUCGUCCAAGGAAUACAUCUACGACAACUACACAACCUCGACAACAGAGCGCAUAGAGGGCGCGUGGCUUACUAACAUGAGGCCGUCACACUCGCCCAGGCAGAGUACUGAUGCCGCAAGAAGGAGAAGCAGCAUAGGUCAAGGAGGACAUCGCGCAAGCUUUGGAACCAGCAUCCCAAGGGUCCAGUCGCGCGUAAGUUUUCCCUUUCACACCCCCCCGAUUCCUCCAAAUGAUUGUACAAUUAGCGCAUAGACUGACGGUAUGGUCUAGAUUGCCGUUUCACGCGCAGCAAACAACCAACCAGCAUUCGACUUCUUGACGGGGGAACCGAUAAAGGCAGGACGACCACCAUCGAGAGAGAACUUUCGUCAGUCGGUAUCGCGGGUGCCGUCUUCAGAAUAUGGCAAGGAAAAUUUCGAGUCCGACCAGGAUCGGGAGAAGAGAAGACGGGAACUGGAGGAGCUGAAGGCCGAAGUCAAGACACUCCGUUAUACCAUCGACAACCACAAACAAGAGGAGGAGCUGGCCAAGUUGCGACACGAAAGUGAACUGCGUGAGACUCGUCGCAAAGCAGAAGAGGAUUUCAAACAGAGGCAGGCAGCAGAAGCGGAGAAAUCGAAAGCUGUGAGACAAUAUGAGAUAUUACUGAAAGAGUGUAAUGAGAUCAGAGAUGGAGCUACCAAUGAGAAAGCAGCCCUGGAGAGAAGGGCUCGCGAGAUUGAGGAGAGUAAACGGGUUUUGGAAGAGGAGGUUGAAGAUAUGAGGUCUGAGCAGGAAGAAAAUGUUCGCGGUAUUGAGCGAAGAUCCAGAGAACUUCAAACCAGAAACGAUACACUCCAACAAAGCCUGGAAGAUUUGCAACAAGAUUCCGAUCAGAGAGAGAACUUGUUACAGGAGACUCAACAGCAACUUUCCGAAAAGAUUGCGAAUUGUGGUAACCUUGAAGCAGAGGUUCUGCGACUGAAAGCGCAGACUGGAGACGCAGAUACUCUGGCCAUCAUCAAGAGAGAACUAAGUGAGCAAGUCACACAUAUCAGAACUCUUGAAGCUACCAACAGAGAACAAGCAGCCGAGUUGAAGCAUUACAAACGACUGCAUAAGAGCGUGGAGGUUGUAGAAGAAGAAAAGAGAUCUCUUCAGAGGAGGUUAGCUUCCAUGGAAGGUCUUGAGACUGAGCUUGGAGAAGCAAGGAUACAGCGACAAAGGCUUGAGGAUGAGAGGUUGGCCUGGACAGCUUAUCUUCAGAGACAAGCAGGUCCUGACGGUUCAUUCGAAUACAACUCGCCAGAAGAACUAGCUAGAGCUCUGGUUGCGGAGCGCAUUCAGUCCGCCACAUCCAUUGAGAGAAUCGGUGCUUUGGAAGCAGAAUUGUCAAGUAAAGACCUUAUCCUUCAAAAUUUCGAAGCAGAAAAGUCCGUUCUUUCAACACAAAUAGAGAAACUCAAGGUUGCAGGUAGCGCAGCCAGUGAAACCAAGUCUCAAUUACGUUUGGAGAGACAGCGAGCGUUAGCGAUUAAGGAAGCUGAAUAUCUUCGUGCGCAACUGAAAACUUACGAUACCGAAGAUACCAUCUUCCAGCCAGAAAAUGUCGACGAAGCCAAGACGAAACGAAUUCAAGAACUCGAAGACAUGGUUGAUGAAUAUCGCCAAGAAGUGCAAACCCUCCAUGCUGAUAUAGCAGCUCAAGAGAAGGCCAAACCGGCAUCCGCAUCACCGCCAGAAGUUGGAAGUAAACGCCCUCGUGAUGAUUCAGAGGACCACGAACGUAUCGGUGAACUAUCUCGCAAAAACCGAAAACUCCAAGACGACCUCUCUACUCUGCAAACCUCCAACAAGCUUCUCGAAAAGGAGCUCUCAGUCGCCCAACAACGUCUCUCAGCAGCCGAAAACCAAAGCAAAACCCGCAUCCUCUCCCUCCGCCAGAAUCCCACAUCGGAAGUAGAAGCCAUAAAAUUGGCCACUCUAACCACCCUCCGAAGAGAAAACAACGACCUCCUGGCCCGACUCCAAGGACUCCCAAACGUCCCUUCAGUCCCCACAUCCGCCCUAGAAGCCGCCCAACUCUCCAUCGAAGAAGCAGAAGCCCGUCUCGCCUCUGAAAUAAAACGCAACGACCGUCUAAAAAAGGUAUGGGGUAACAAAUCCGCCGAAUUCCGGCAAGCAGUUAUCUCACUCAUGGGCUGGGAAGUCGCAUUCAUGAAAGAUGGGAAAACGAGACUUACAUCUUACUUCUACCCUUCGAGGGGGGAUGAAGAGAACUCUAUUGUUUUCGAUGGUGAAAGGGGGACGAUGAAAGUUAGUGGUGGCAAGGAUAGUGCAUUCGCGGUCAAGAUUGGGGACCAGAUUAAGUUCUGGCUUAAGGAGCGUGGGAGUAUACCUUGUCUGCUUGCGGCUCUCACGUUGGAGUUCUACGAGGAGGCUAAUAGGGAUAAAACUUUACGGGUUGACUAGGGCAGGGCCUUCUUACGCUUUCAUGAGGCAGAGGUGAGGGGAGGUAUGUAGGUCUUUUGGGACUUGCAAAGUACGGUACAUAUCGCGAGUUUCCAUCGCUUCAUGUUUUGGGCUUUCGAGAUAGUCGGUAUCUAUCAUUUACAGGCGUCGGGGUUUUUGGCGCUUAGCUUCUCAGCUGGCUAAUGGUGGAUAUAUUACAUAUUCCUUUCGGUUUUUAUAGUUGCAUGAAUAAGAAUAAUAUAAUGCCCCAUCCCAUCUCUUGAUAUUCUUUGGUGGUUGUUGGUUAGCGUGGUAAAUUCCAGUAGUUGGG